GGAGACAUUCUCAAACAACACACCUGACGGGGACUCUAACACUGCUGGGUCCUAGAAGGAAUAUACUUGUACUAUUGAACUGAACCUUGAGAAGAUAGAGGGAAGCACAGGAUCAAAUUGGCAAGGUCUACAGGACGUGAUAGGUACCCUCUACUGAGAAGGAUUCUAAGACUCGGCUUCGUCUCAGUUCAUCUCAGAAGUGAACCAAAGGACAUCUCAACAGGACCUGGUAAGAUGCCACUGACGACGUCUCUGUACCGUAAGCCAGCCUCGGCCCGCUGGUCCAGGAGGACCCAGAAGCGCAGGGAGGUGCUCUCUGUCAACAUGAUCAGCCUCCCAUUGGCCGACUUCCGCCAUGUUUCCCACAUCGGGAACAACGACCACAGCGACAGCUUCGGGGAUCUGUCCUUUCUGAAGGGGGGCAACAGCCUGGUGCUGCAGAGCUCUCAGAGUGAGCAGAACCUCUUGCUGGCCUGCUACCCUCCACCCAAACCCUCACGCCUUAACCUGGACGAGGCAGAGGCCACGGAGAGCCCCGAGUGGACCAGGGCUCACAUGAGCUACAGUGCCUCAGAGAGGAGGAAGAAGUGCAGCUCCUUGCCCCUGCUGGACAGUGAGGAGGGUGAGGGGAAUCAGGAGAUGGAGGCCAGUGUUAGCCCCAGCCACAGGUUCAUGGUCAGUAGCCCCAGUCCUGGCCAGGGCAGCCUGAGUUCUGGCAGGGAUGGAGACUCCACUCAGACCUACCCUGAGGACAUGCAGCAGCUGGAUGAGGUGGACAACAGCUUCUCCUUCAGCCUGGACCUGGGCCCCUCCAUCCUGGAUGAUGUGCUGCAGGUCAUGGACAGGCUCCACUAUUAGUGGAACUGCCAGACAAACAUGGGGUCCUCAGCAAGAGACUUCACUAACGUCAUCAUUGUGACUGGCAUUAGAACACUCCAAACUAUCAUAAGAAGAUGAACGGCUGACAAAGAACUCCUGACUAAAAGAGACACGCAGAGAGUACGGUUACAUGCACACAAUAAUAUGAUUAUUGUGAAUAGUCAGAUUAAUAUAAUAGUUUGAAUAAACGUUUACAUGCUUUGCAAGAAGAACAAUUUCCCUAAUAAUCCUGUUUACAUGGACACAUCUGCAAUCAGGCUACUUGAUGAUAAAUGCAGAAAAUCCCCAAUCAAAAUAAACGUUCUACCACA